CCCCCCUCCGUCCAGGUUGGAUCAACGGAAUGGAGAACAGCACGCAAGCCAGCACUUCUGUCGAGAAAAGAAAUCACCACUGGAGAAGUUACAAGUUGAUUAUUGACCCGGCUCUGAAAAAAGGACAGCACAAACUCUACCGUUACGAUGGGCAACAUUUCAGCAUGCCCAAUUCGGGAAUCGCUCCUGUGGAUUGUGUCAGGGAUCCCAGAAUAGGGCGAAUAUGGACCAAAACUAAGGAGUUGGAGCUGUCUGUCCCCAAAUUCAAGAUUGACGAAUUUUACGUGGGGCCAGUGCCUCCCAAGCAGGUCACCUUUGCCAAGCUGAACGACAACAUCCGUGAAAACUUUUUGACCGACAUGUGCAAGAAAUACGGCGAAGUGGAAGAAGUGGAGAUUCUCUACAACCCCAAGAACAAGAAGCACCUGGGCAUUGCCAAAGUCAUCUUUGCCACUGUCAAGGGUGCCCGGGAGGCUGUCCAGCACCUUCACAACACCUCCGUCAUGGGCAACAUCAUCCACGUGGAGCUGGAUACGAAAGGUGAAACCCGCAUGCGAUUCUAUGAGCUGCUCGUUAAUGGUCUUUACACUCCUCAGACCCUUCCUGUAGGCGCUGAACAGGAUGUAUCACCAACUGUGAAUGAAACUCUCCAGUUGACGGAUUCCCUGAAGCGCCUGAAAGACAGUAACCUUUCUUCUGCGGGAUCAUCUGUUACCCCCAACAGCAGCACGCCGUUUUCCCAUGACACAGCCUAUUCCAGCUGUCGGCAAGACACCCCAAACUCGUACAGCCAAUUUACCCCACAGUCCCAAGGAACACCUCACACCCCACGGUUAGGGACACCGUUUUCCCAGGAUUCCACCUAUUCUAGUCGUCAGACAACGCCCGUGUACCAUUUUGGGCAGGACAGUGGGUACAAACCCAGGAGGCACGAAACAAAAUUUACAGAUGCCUACAACCGUCGACCGGGACAUCACUAUGUUCAUAACGCGGCAGGUGUUUACCGAGGGACGGAGCAUCAGUUUAGUACGUACAAAUCCCAUCAGCAGGAGCCAGUUCAGUUCUCUCACACUCCUCCCCUGAGCCACUCUAGUUCUUCGAGCUACAAAUCUGCCUUCUCUCCCUACCAAGCACCAGCUGUAUUUCCCCAAUCUGACGAGCAGCAGUUUCCCCAAACUUCCAGGGAAACGGAGUACCGAAGACCUGCGCCGCCUCCCACCGAGAUGGUGGUGGAGAGCAGCACUGCCACGAACAUCGAUUUUGUCCCAGUGAAGGAGAAACAGGAGGAGCCUCCGCCCUUGCCCGACUCAAACUCUGUUCCUGAACCGAGCACAGCGUCCUUCUCUCAGACUCCAGAGAGAAGCGAGACCCCUGGCACCCCCACCAUGGAGUCAGAAAUGCAGCAUAACAGUUUAGACUCAAGGAUUGAGAUGCUCUUAAAAGAGCAGAGAACAAAGUUACCCUUUCUUAACGAGCAUGACUCAGAUAACGAGAUCCGAAUGGAAGGUAGCCCUAUUUCCUCCUCUUCUUCCCAGCUCUCUCCCAUCCCAAUGUACGGUUCAAACUCUCAGCCCAGUUACAGAGGUCAGACACCUUCCUCACGCCCUUCCAGCACAGGCUUGGAGGACAUUAGCCCCACGCCAUUACCUGACUCUGACGAUGACGAGCCCAUCCCUGGGACGGCUUCUCUGAGUCAGAAUUCCCGGGGGACAUCAGAGGCCAGCAUGACUCCCAUCGAUCAGCUGAGCAGGACCUCCAAAAUUGAGACUUCAGAGGCUAAAGAAAUGGUGCCUGGUGACCAGACUCCAACAUCAGAAAAAAUGGAUGAGGGUCAGCAUUCUUCAGGGGAGGACAUGGAAAUCUCUGACGACGAGACCAACCCUGCGCCCAUCACUAGUGCAGAAUGUGCCAAAACCAUUGUGGUGAACUCCUCUGUCAGCAACUCGGCUGUAAUGGCCCCGUCAAUUCCUCCCUUGCCACCACCGGGAUUCCCUCCUCUUCCUCCUCCGCCGCCUCCACAGCCAGGCUUCCCGAUGCCUCCGCCGCUACCUCCACCACCUCCACCCACGCACCCUGCUGUGACUGUUCCCCCACCUCCGCUCCCUGCCCCCCCUGGGGUCCCUCCGCCUCAUAUCUUGCCGCCGCUUCCUCCGUUCCAUCCUGGCAUGUUCCCUGUCAUGCAAGUAGAUAUGAUAAGUGUCUUGGGCAACCAGUGGGGUGGCAUGCCGAUGUCCUUCCAGAUGCAAACUCAGAUGCUGAGCCGCAUGAUGCAGGCACAAAACACGUACCAGUAUCCGCCUUUCAUGACGGGUCGGAUGCAGUUUGUGAAUCUUCCACCUUACCGCCCUUUCUCGAUGGGAUCAGCUCUUGGUCGUGGACAGCAGUGGCCACCACUGCCCAAGUUUGACCCCUCUGUUCCACCACCGGGUUAUGAGCCAAAGAAGGAAGAUCCCCACAAAGCCACUGUGGAUGGAGUCCUCUUGGUCAUAGUGAAAGAACUAAAGGCUAUCAUGAAAAGGGACCUGAACCGAAAGAUGGUUGAAGUGGUAGCGUUUCGGGCAUUUGAUGACUGGUGGGACAAGAAGGAACGUCUGGCAAAGGUAGGCUUUCACGUACUCUGUGCUGGAUCCCAGGGAGAGCUCUUCAUAGUGCUUGUGGCCAGGGCGUUGACUUUAGAAAAACCUGCAACCCUAAAAUGUUAUG